AUGUUUUUGCUAAUCAGUGUUGCUCUCACCUUGUGGUUUUCUUGUGCUCACGGGCAAGUGAAAUCUUGUGAUUUUCCAGUAAUAAAACAUGGAAGGUUAUAUUAUGCAUUUAAAGGAUACUUUCCAGCAAGUGUAGGUCAACAGUUUUCCUAUCGCUGUAAACGGUAUUUUGUGACUCCUUCACAAAGUUCCUGGGACUACAUGACUUGCACCCUGAAAGGAUGGUCUCCAGAAGUGCCCUGCCUCAGACAAUGUACUUUCAAUUAUUUGGAAAAUGGAUAUUACACAAAUUCCCAAGAAAAGUAUUUACAAGGUAAAACUGUAAGAGUCCGCUGCCAUGAUGGUUAUAGUCUUCACAAUAAUCAGAACACAAUGACUUGCACAGAGAAGGGAUGGUACCCUCCCCCAAUAUGCGUCCGCGUCGGACUUCCCUGUGGACUUCCACCUUCAAUUCAGAAUGGUGUUGUACGUCACAAGAAAGACAGUUAUCAAUACGGAGAAAAAGUCACAUACACCUGUAACGAAGGAUUUAGGAUUUAUGGAUUUGCAUCUAUAAGAUGUUUAGGAGGAAAAUGGUCCCGUACACCAAAAUGCAUAAGCACAGAUUGUUUUAACUUGCCCAGCUUUGAUGAUGCUGUAUUCAUAGGCCAGAAGAAGAAAUCAUAUAGAUCAGGAGAACAAGUGGCUUUUAAAUGUCGACCAUAUUAUCAGCUGAAUGGAUCCAACACUAUACAGUGUGUUAAGAGCAAAUGGAUAGGAAGGCCAGUGUGCAAAGAUGUUUCCUGUGUAAAUCCACCCAGAGUUGAAAAUGCAGUUACACGAAAUGACAGACCUAGGUAUCUAAACGGUGAGAGAGUACGUUAUGAAUGCAUCGGGACUUAUGACAUUUUAGGGGAUGUAGAUGUGACAUGUUUAAAUGGAACUUGGACAAAACCACCUCAGUGCAAAGACCCUCAGGGAAGAUGUGGGCCUCCUCCGCCAGUAGACAACGGAGACACCACCUCCUUCCCCUUGCCACAGUACCCUCCGGGGUCGGCUGUUGAGUACCGGUGCCAGGCCUACUAUGUGCUUCAGGGAGAGAGACACAUAGUGUGUCGGAAUGGAGAGUGGUCAGAACCACCAAAGUGCUUAGAUCCAUGUGUAAUUUCAGAAGAAAUGAUGAAACAACACAACAUACAGUUAAAAUGGAGAGAUGAUAAAAAAAUUUACACUAGAACAGAUGACACUAUUGAAUUUAUGUGUAAACGUGGAUAUAGCCCAAGGACACCAAAUCAUACAUUUCGAACAACCUGUCAGAAAGGAAAAUUGGUGUAUCCUCAUUGUGAAUGA